UUGUUUUGCAUUUCAAUGUUUUUUUGAAGUCAUUUGUCGUAACGAUUAGUCAAUUGUUUUUGCCUUUAAUUGUAAUGCAUUUGAAUGUGUUUUGUAUAGUCUUUGUUACGAUCGCCGCAAACGAUGGGACAGUUGUCUCGCAAACGUAAACGCGGAUCAAAUGUCACCGACAGUACUGACACCGGAAUUGACACCAUGUCCUCACCCAAUACGAGCACCACUUCCAGCAGCCGUCCGGUCGACGCCUCACCAGUGGCCCGAAGUGGUCGCCCCACUCGUAGGGCCACCGCCGCUGCGGCCGCCACUGUCGCCGACGAGACAAUCGCUGUCAACACAUCCGAUGUGGAGAUGAUUCGUACGGCCGACGACUCACUACAGGGUCGGACACCGAUUGCCAGUCAAUUUGCCGCCACAGCCCAUGAUAUGGACCAAAUGGACGGCCAUUUGCUCGACGAAAGCCAAUCCCAAGCGUCGAUCCCAUGUCUAUCACAACGAGCGCCGCCGCCCAAGAAGAAGAAGAAGACCCAAUACGAAGAGCCGAUUGACACACAAGUGACCGAUAUAUACGAUGACAACGACGAAGAUAUGCUUGAAUUGAGCAACAAUUGGGCCGAAGACUUGGACGCUUCAUUCGCCGAGCCGUCCAACACUCAACUCCACCAUCGAGUGGACAAACACACGGCCGAAGCCGAAGAGAGGGCCAAACUGAAUGUCGCCGAAUGCGGAGCCAUUGAGGCCAUCACUCUUCAAAACUUCAUGUGUCACGAAAACUUCCACUUGGAUUUAGGUCCGCGUAUUAACUUCAUUGUCGGUCGCAACGGUAGCGGCAAAAGUGCUAUAUUGACGGGCAUUGUGUUAGGUCUGGGCGGUCGGGCGUCGACCACAUCCCGCGGCAAAGGUGUGGCCUCUUUGUAUUUCAGCCCGCACGCGUCCGGAUCUUCCACUUAUAAGAUCAAGACCUCUGACGGGAAGACAGUGGCCGACCGGAGGGACGCGUUGGACGACAUUAUACGCCACUUCAACAUACAGGUGGAUAACCCGAUCUGUGUCCUCAACCAAGAGGUGUCGCGCAAUUUCCUUAACACGAAGAACGCGAGAGAUAAGUACCAGUUCUUCAUGAAAGCCACGCUUUUGGAGGACAUGAAGAAUGAUUACGCGUCGAGUGAAACCGAUAGGAGUAUAUCGACUAAGAUAUUGGACCAGAAGGGGAAGGUAUUGCCGGACACGACGCGCGACCUGAAAGAGUUGGAGCGAAAGGUCCGUAUGUUUAACGAGUUGGAGAACCAUAAGGAGAAGUUCACGCAUUUGAACAAUGAGGCGCUUUGGGCGCUGGUCUACGAGCAGAAGAAUAAGUUGGAGGCCGUGAGGGCACAGAUCGCCAAAUUUGAGAAACGAUUUGUCACAGAGUCGGCCAAAUGUGAGGCCGAAAAGGAGACAAUCGCUGUGUUGGAGGCGAAGAAAACGGAGACAAUGGGUCGACUGAAUCAGUUGAUCGAUGACGUGAAUCGCGCGAAGGACACCGCCGAGGAAAAGAGGGCUAACAGGGAUGAAAUCAAGGAUAAGAUGCGCAAUAAAGAGCGGGACGACAGAGCAGUUCGUACGGAGAUUAUGGCCACGAAGAACGAUAUGAAGGCUAUUGAGCAACGAAUCAAAGGACUGGAACAACAAUUUAGUAAUGAGAGUCAUAACCGACGAAAGGAAGAGAUUUCCAAAUUAAGGACAGAAAUCGAAAAACUGAGAGAAGAAGAGCAGUCACUACUCGAACGGUACGAACAAUUGGAUCAAUCGGUGCGAGAAUUGGGCGAAAGCGGUGUCCGAAUAUAUCAAGAACGGAAUCAAUUGAAAAGUACAAUUGAUGGCAAACAGUAUGACAUUCAACGACUCAAUCAGAGUCGUGUGGAUCAGCUGAAGAAGUUUGGGCCCAAAUAUCCGGAAUUAGUCAAACGUAUAGACGAGGCGUUCCGGAAGAAGGUGUUUAAGAAGAAGCCGUUGGGACCGAUUGGGAAUUACAUUAAACUGAAGGACUACUCGUGCGCUCUGGCCGUCGAACUGGCCAUCAAAAACGUGAUUUACGCCUUCUGUUGCGAUAAUAUGCAGGACAAGAGAGAAUUGGAUAAAAUAAUUCAACAAGUGUUUGGUAGUGGCGGUCAACGCACGCCAUCCAUCAUUACCCGUCCCUUCACUGCCCUCCACGACGUGAGCAGAGGUCGGGUCCGAUGCGACGAAUACAAGAGUUUGUUGGACUUAAUGGACAUCAAAGAGUCGGCCAUUACUAACUGUCUCAUAGACCAGUGCCGUAUCGAACAAAUACUA